CGUACUAUGAAAAAUCUGAGUGACCCAGGCGAAUGUAUGUCAAUGAAGUAUUUCCAGCUCCAUCACAUGUGGUCUGUAGUGUGAUAAGGUGGGCCAGAGAGCGUAUGUGGUGAAGGUGGAAUUACUUCAUUGAUAAACAUAUCGAAAGGUGCUGCUUAUCUUGUUAUGUAGAAUUUAAGUCAGUCACAUUAAUAAGAAUACCUGAGAGGGGAGAAUUUCUAGAUUCUGACUAUUCUCUCUUCUCUUUUCUCCUUGCCUGCCUCGUUCAGGCAUCACCUGCAAAACCAUCGCAUUGCACGGAGAGUCACGCCGAUGACCUUCUGGAGGGGUUCCGUACUCUCAUCGCCGUCCUCCAUCCCAGACUGACAAACAAUGCUACGGUCGCAUUGCCCGCAGUCUCCUCGGCGCCCGAGUCUUCUGCCUCCCUCGCGACUGGCGGGAGCAGAAUGGGAGAAUUUGAGCUCACCAAACGAUCACUGACGGUGAAAAGCAGCACGGACGGUUACGGAUUUGUGCUUCGCUCCAGUGCUCCCGUGUUGGUCAGCCAAGUGAAGCAAGGGAGUGCUGCGUGCAAUGCUGGUCUGCAACACGGAGAUCUCAUCGUGAAGGUCAACGGCCAUGACGUGAGUGGUCGUAGUCAUGGGGAUAUCAUUCACCUGAUCAACUACAUGCCGGGAAGUCCGAUCACAUUCACCGUACUCACGCCCAGUUAUGAGAAGGGUGGUUCGGAGCUGGAGAUGUCCAGAGCUUGGGCACGUCACUAUCUACCUAAUUUCCUAGCCUCCGCGUCGUCAUCGCAAACAGGCGCCGCCGGUAAUGGUAGCAGUUCAAGCUCACCUCGCGUCUCUCACUCCAGCUCAGCGACGUCACUGAGCCUGCACGCCAACGGGAGCCAGCUCAGCAAGACGCCCACAACCAACGCGGCCAUCAUCGCCGGGGGCAACCAGCGAGCCGACUCGCCGCUGUCGUCGUCGUCGCACACGCCCCCACUGGUGUGUCUAGGUGGCAACAACUCCUCGUUCGCCGUGCAGCAGCACGCGGCACACAGGGACAAUCUGAGCAGCGCGUCCAAGACUCCGCCGUCGCCGUCUUCCUCGUCACUGCUCAUGCCCUCUCCUGUGUCGCCAAUGUCAAGUGCUGACGACCAGGAUGGUUUGGAUCCGGCCGAGUGCAAGAAGAUGUUGCUACUAAGAGGUGAGACAUAAAGCAGUGUUGAUGUUGUUUUAUUUUAUUUUAAUUCACAGUGACCAAACAAGCAGAUGUACUCAAUAACAAAGAGGUGAUCUGUUGAGCACAAGUUGCACGUGGAUGAACACGAGGAAAUGCACACU